UGGCUGGGUCACCUCUUAUUCCUCAGUUAAACCAAACACAACACAAUUGCUUGGAGUUCUUUAGUCAGAAGCAGCAGGAGGAGUGCUUGGAGUUCUUUAGUCAGAAGCAGCAGGAGGAGGAGGAGAAUAGGGAAGGCUUCAUCCAAUUCUUCCUGGCAAAAUGAGCUUCAAUGAUGAUGAGCCGAUUGUUGCAAACCCAGAUGUAUCAGGAGAAAAACCAACACCAUUUGUAGCAGGCAAGACAAAGUUGUCCAUCAUCAACAAGACAGAGGCACCACUAGAAGAAACCAAAUUCAAGGUGUUGUUGGAGCUGACAGGGUCAGGUCUCGGAAAUGAUAGAUCAGGAGUUGAUCUUGUGACUGUUUUAGAUGUGAGUGGGAGCAUGACUGGUGAAAAGCUAGAAAAGAUGAAGAUUGCCAUGCAAUUCGUCAUCAAGAAACUCAGCCCAAUUGAUCGUCUGUCAGUUGUGACAUUCGAGGCUAAUUCGAAGAGGUUGUGUCCACUGCGCCAGAUUAGUGAGAGUGCUCAAUCUGAUAUUGAGAAUAUAGUCACUGGUUUAAAGGCCAACGGCGGCACCAACAUCACUGCUGGCCUUCAAACUGGCUUGAAAAUCAUCAAUGACCGCACUCUCUCUAGUGGUCGUGUGGCUGGUAUCAUACUCAUGUCCGAUGGCCAACAAAAUGCUGGUGGUGAUGCUGCCCAAGUUAAGAUCGGAAAUGUGCCUGUUUACACAUUUGGUUUUGGCGCAGACCAUGAUCCAACUGUGCUCAAGGCUGUUGCAGACAACAGCACAGGAGGAACAUUCUCAGAUGUUCAAAACCAAGACAACUUGAGCAUUGCGUUUUCCCAGUGUUUGGCUGGGCUUUUGACUGUGGUUGUGCAAGACUUAAAGCUAACUGUCACACAAGUUGAAUCUGAAUCAACUAUUGAGAAAGUGUCUGCUGGAAACUACCCCCAAUCCAAGGACGUUGAUGCUGGCUCUGUAACUAUUUCAUUUGGUGAUCUUUAUGACAAGGAGGUACGUAAGGUCAUAGUGGACCUUGUUCUUCCUGCUGUUGAUAAACGAGCAGGGGCAGAUGUUCUACAAAUCGAUUACACUUACAGCAGCACUGCAGGGAAACUAUUUUUCGCGAAUCCUCUAGUGGCUACCAUAACCCGCACGGGAACAACGGCGGAGGCAGAGAAGGAAGAGGUGGUGGUGGAAGAGAAGCGUCUCCUAACUGCGAAUAUGAUAAAAGAAGCAAGAACCAUGGCUGAUGACAAGAAGCUGGAGGAGGCUCAAGACAAGCUGGUUGAUGCCCAAAACAUGCUUGAUGAUGUUGAAGUUGAUGAGACAAGCCCUAAUAGUUCAUUGAUUGAGAUGUUGAGAAAUGAGCUACAACAGCUGCUGAGACUGAUGAAAUCACAACAGAUGUAUGAAAAGCAAGGACGCCCUUUCGCACUCUCUUCCGAGACAUCUCAUGAUCGCCAACGUUUUGCCUCAAGAGGAGAUGUUGAGAAGCUGCGUUUGUUUGCUACACCACGUAUGGACACAUACCUUGAGCAAGCCAAGGCAUUUGAUGAGGAUCCCACCAAGCCAUUGCCAACUGCGGAUGACGAUGUCAAGCAAGAACUCGCUGCUGAUCCACUUGGUCCUAUCGUUGGGGCUCUUAGCUACUACAUUCAGUCUGCCAUUCAGUCGCUUCAAGCUAUUGACAACAUAAUCAAAAAAGGUCGUUGAAUAUAUGGAAAUUUAUAUGUGUGUCCCUUGUUGUGGUUGUGCUUUUGCUUUUGCUUAAUUCAAUAAUAAGUAAAUGUGUUAAAUAUAUAAUAAACCAAGAGAACUGGCGCACGGUUAUGGCUGCCUAAUAAAAGGUUUAUAUAUUAUUGGCA